CCCGGCCCGCCGGCCUUCUGCCCCCAAGCCCCUGAGUUCUGUGGCCAGGCCUCUCCGCAGCGCACGUAGACAGUACUCAUCCUGGCACUGGGAGGAAACUCAAGAACAUACUGUUGAAAUUAAAGGUUAGAUGGGGCUUGACCUCUGCUGGGCAGCCCUCAGCUGCAGGAGUUCUGCUGAGCAGAGAAGAUGACUGCAGAUUUGAGAGAGGCCAUGGCCCUGGCCCCGUGGGGCCCAGUGACAGUGAAAAAGGAGGAGGAGGAAGAAGAAAGAUUCCUAGGUCAGGCAUCCAGCCAACAAAUGCAUUCUGAGGACAUCAAAGCCGGAGCUCCUGGAGAGGAUCCGCGGGAAGGCCUUGAUGGGGCAGAGCAGGAGGAAAAGGGUGAGAACAUGUUCUGGGACAUGGCGGUAGUCCUGAAAGCAACGCAGGAGGUGCCUGCUGCUUCAACCCUCGGCAGCUACUCGUUACCAGGGAGUCUUGCCAAGAGCGAGAUACUGGAGACUCGUGGGAACAUGACCUCUCUAGGUGCUGAUACCAAGAACCUACAAUUAUUGGUUCCAAAAACUGAAAUAUGUGAUGAAGCAGAAAAACCCUUCAUGGUAUCAGGAAGCAUCCAGAAAGUUGACUCUCAAGGACCUGAGUUCAAAGAAGCCUUCGAAAAAGGGAACAUGUUAAAGGGGCAGAGAAUAAAGAGGGAAAAGAAAGACUUCAGGCAAGUGACAGUGAAGGACUGUCAUGUACCUGGAAGCUUCAAAGAAGAAGAAGACGAGAAAUGUCAGAAAUCUGGGGAAAGAUACAACCGUAGUUCUGGCCCCGUUAAAAACCAGAAAAGCCAGCCUGGGCAGAAACCUUUUACUUGUAGUGUGUGCGGGAAAGGCUUUAGUCAGAGUGCUAACCUCGUGGUGCAUCAGCGGAUCCACACUGGGGAGAAACCCUUUGAGUGUCACGAGUGUGGGAAGGCCUUCAUUCAGAGUGCAAACCUUGUUGUGCAUCAGCGAAUCCACACUGGACAGAAACCCUAUGUUUGUUCUAAAUGUGGGAAAGCCUUCACUCAGAGUUCAAACCUGACUGUCCAUCAAAAAAUCCACUCCUUAGAAAAAACCUUCAAGUGCAGUGAAUGUGAGAAAGCCUUCAGUUACAGCUCACAACUUGCUCGGCACCAGAAAGUCCACAUUACAGAAAAAUGCUAUGAAUGUAAUGAGUGUGGGAAAACAUUUACUCGGAGCUCCAACCUCAUUGUCCACCAGAGGAUCCACACCGGGGAGAAGCCCUUUGCCUGUAAUGACUGUGGCAAAGCCUUCACCCAGAGUGCAAAUCUUAUUGUGCAUCAGCGAAGCCAUACUGGUGAGAAGCCAUAUGAGUGUAAAGAGUGUGGAAAGGCCUUCAGUUGCUUUUCACACCUGAUCGUGCACCAGAGAAUCCACACUGCAGAGAAACCUUAUGACUGCAGCGAGUGUGGAAAAGCCUUCAGUCAGCUCUCUUGCCUUAUUGUGCACCAGAGGAUUCACAGUGGAGAUCUUCCUUACGUGUGUAAUGAGUGCGGGAAGGCCUUCACCUGCAGCUCAUACCUACUUAUUCAUCAGAGAAUCCAUAAUGGGGAAAAACCUUACACAUGCAAUGAGUGUGGCAAGGCCUUCAGGCAGCGGUCGAGCCUCACUGUGCACCAGAGAACCCACACGGGGGAGAAGCCCUACGAGUGUGAGAAGUGUGGUGCAGCCUUCAUUUCCAACUCCCACCUCAUGCGACACCACAGAACCCACCUCAUUGAGUAACAUAAAGGAAGAAGAUGAUCUCCAGGCAUUGGUCAUACCUGCUACCCCCCUGAUUAGACACCACUGCUUUGUUCUUCCUCCUUUGUAAAAACGAGGCCUGCUACGAUCUUAAAGAUAAUAGUUUUCAGGAGUGCAGCACAAAACACAAGCAUUUCAGAGGCUAACUUAAAGAAAAUGAAAGCUAAGCCUCUAAAGGCAAGGACUUUGUUUUUAACUGUCCCCUAAGUGGUGGUGGUGUCUGAAAUACCAUGUGGCUUUCUUAGAAAUGGGUCAUACAAAGCUAAAUGAUGAAGAUCCCACUUGGGGAAAGGUAUUUUUAAACUAAAUUUUGUGUUUUUUUUUAAACUGGUAAUUUCUUGAGCAACAGGCAGGUUACUGGUAUAGGUCUGCCUGGUGGAAUUCUGGCGCUUUAAACCCUGUAUCAUAGCAUUUUGGGUUAAGCAGCAACUAGUUAAGGAAACCACUUUGGGUAGCAGUUCACCAACAACCCACCUAUGAAUAUUUAUAAGCUUUCCAUUCCCGAGGUAAUUAA